CCUAAGAUCUCCACAUAGUCCCCCACGGCCAAUUCAAUGCGGUGGGGCAUCGCGAUGGUGGGAUAUGGUCUGCCGGCGCAGCGCUGCCGGGGGCGAAAUGUCGAGCUACAUAAAUAGGCAGAGAGGUAGCUCUUGCGAUUGUAAUUGACGUCGCUUGUUUCUUCAGACUAUUUUACUAGAUUUUAAACUCACCAAAGUAAAUAUCUUGCAAGAUGUCGAAAGUACUGCUCACAGGAGGAUCUGGCUUCAUCGCCGCCCACAUCCUUGACCAGCUCCUCAAGAAGGGGCACAACGUCGUAACGACAGUCCGGUCAGAGGAGAAGGCGAGCAAGAUCCGCGAGGCCUACCCGGACAAGACCCAGCACCAGCUCCACGUUGUCAUUGUGCCCGACAUUGCCCAGCCGGAUGCCUUUGACGAGGUCGUCGAGGUUCCCGGCCUGGAGGUGGUCAUCCACACGGCCUCGCCGUUCCACUUCAAGUUCACGGACCCAAAGAAGGACCUCAUCGACCCCGCCGUCAUCGGCACCACGGGGAUCCUCAAGGGCAUUGCCCGGUCCGCGCCGGGCGUCAAGCGCGUCGUCGUGACCAGCUCCUUCGCCGCCCUUCUCGACGGCGCGCGCAUGAGCGACCCCAACACCACCUUCACCGAAAAGUCGUGGAACCCCGUCACCAUCGACCAGAUCCACGACGACCCGGGCACCGCGUACCGCGCGUCCAAGACGCUGGCCGAGCGGGCCGCGUGGGACUUUGUCGCCGACAAGAGCAACGGCGCCAAAUUCGACAUCGUCACCGUCAACCCGCCCCUGGUGUUCGGGCCGCUGGUGCACCACCUCGCCAACCUGAACUCGGUCAACACGAGCAACCAGCGCAUCUUGAACUGCAUCCAGGGCAAGUGGAAGAGCGAGGUGGAGGCGACGGGCGGGGCGCAGAGCUGGGUGGAUGUCAGGGACGUGGCGGCGGCCCACGUCAAGGCGGCCCUGGAGAUCCCCGAGGCGGCGGGCCACAGGCUGUUCACCGUCACGGGGUCGUUCUGCAACAGAUACGUGCUGGACAUCGUGAGGAAGAACUUCCCCGAGUACGCCGACAAGCUGCCCGCGGAGGACGUCAAGGGCGGAGAGCCGGCAGAGAACGUGUACAAGACUGACAACACUGAGACGAAAAAGUUGCUGAAUAUCCAGUGGACCCCACUGGAGAAGAGCAUCGUCGACACGGUCAAGAGCUUGCAGGCAUAUGGCGCAUGAAGCAGCACUGGUGGAAGCCAGGGAUAAAAAAAAAGGCUCGCCAGGGUAGUAUGAGGCUGUACUCUGGUCGAAUAGAUUAGUUGAAGUCGA